AUGGUGAAUUCAUUGAAGAAUUUCUUCAUUGUAUUGUUCGCCCUACACAACUUUUGAAACCAAACAAAAACAAAAUCGUUUUUGAUUUACGCAAGAGAUUGGGAUUGAGAUAACAUAUCUUGUGUUCGAUGACUCAUUUUUUUGUGUGAUUUAAGAACGAGGAACAGAUAAUGGAGAACACAGAACCUUCAAGCAUAGAUCCGAACUUAUACGCACUAUACAGCUCUGCAAGGAAGCCUCGGAUUCUCUUAGCUGCAAGUGGUAGUGUAUCUGCCACCGAAUUUUCGACGCUCUGCCAUUGUUUCUUCGAAUGGGCAGAAGUGAAAGCAGUAGUCACCAAGGAUGCCCUCAAGUUCAUAGAUAUAUUGUCGCUGCCGAGGGGCGUAACAGUUUACACAGACGAGCACGAAUGGGCCUGCUGGCAACGGAUAGGCGACAGCGUGCUGCACGUCGAGCUGCAGAGAUGGGCUGAUAUGAUGGUCAUUGCACCAUUGUCAGCCAACACACUUGGAAAGAUUGCUGGUGGAUUGUGCGACAAUCUGCUGACGUGCAUAGUCCGGGCAUGGGACUACGGAAAGAAGCAAGUGUUCAUGGCUCCAUCGAUGACCGCCUCAAUGUGGAAGAACAUAGUCACCGAGCGCCAUGCGAUGUUGGUGGAUGAGCUCGGGGUGGCCCUAAUCCCGCCUGUGCUGAAAAGAGAUCCUUCGACCGGGGAACACGUGGAAAGCUCCGGCUCAAUGGCUGACAAUUCUCACAUAAGUGCCACGCGUGAGUAGAGGUUGUUUCUGGGACCAAAACGGACAGCCACGUGUUAUCAUAUUAGUGGGUCCUUUCCCACACGUUAAAUCUGAAGCGCACAAUUCAAAGAGGCGCUUGCCACGUGGCAAGAUCUUAACGGUGAAGCUCGUUGCCGCCACACAGAAGUACCGCCAAAUACUUGGAUA